CAAAGAUGGAUCUGCAUAUCUCAGUUUUUCUUCUGUCCGUUCUCUUCACUGCAGGACACUCUUUCAGCUGUUAUGAGUGUAUGGGUCUGACGGGUUCUUGUUCGGAUCAAAAGAUAAAAUCAUGUCCCAGUGGAUUCUCCAAGUGCAUGAGUUCAACAACAGUAACAAAUGUUGGUGAAAUCAGUUUUAAAGUGAAGCUUAAAGAUUGUGCUCCUGACUGUGCAAGUGGAUCCAUGAACAUCGGCCUUGGAAAGAUGUCUUUUUUGUGCUGUAACACAGACCUGUGUAACGUCAGGGAUGCUCCAGAUCCCUCUACUGUAGCCAACGGAAAGAAAUGUUACUAUUGUGAUGGACAGAGCUGCUCAAACCCAUUGAGUUGUUCAGGGAGUGAAGACCGCUGCUUUACAGCAACAGGGAUUUUCGAGGGUCUGUCAAAAGUUGUAAAAGGCUGUGUUUCUAAAUCUGUUUGUGAUGCUUCUGCAUCAGUUGGUGAUGUUCAGGGUGUCUCAUGUUGUUCAGGGAACCUGUGUAACAGUGCUAAUGGUGUCACUCAGAGCUUCCUGUUCCUCUGCUGUUCUCUGCUCUCCUUCAUCCUGCUGCACUGAAUCCAGCAGAUCUGCACAUUCUACAAUCAGACACUGUACUGAAUAUAGAGCUUGUGUUUUCUCUGUACUAUGUAUCUUUGGUGUGUUUUGAUUUAGAUGUGACAUUCUAAGAAUCAAAAUACUACAUUAAUACAGUCUUUUAUGCUGUAAAAAGUCAUUAAGUCAUGUUUUAUGUUUUAAUUCUUAAAAUAAAAAAAUGAAUAAAAA